AUGAGCGAUUCAGGCUUGGUAGUGAAUAACGUGACGUACACCGGUGUGCUGGCAUCGGAAUUUGUGUCCGAAUGGAAGUCGUUCUUGAGUGAAGUUCAAUACACCUCUCACCGACUGGUUUACGACUCUGAAUUUAGCUCUGCAGCCUUUAAUCAAGCAUUCUCAACUAUACUUACAUUUGCGUAUAACGAUUAUGCUUGGGAGACCUUAGAAUACGGAUAUGCGAGUCUUAAAUUCAAAUACCCAGAUGUGGCGCCGAUCACUUCGACCGGGAGAAUCAUCGAUGAAUUCACUAAAGGUAAUCCUUCAUUUGCAUCCGUGAUAAGUGAACAAGACAUUCUGGCGCUGCUGCGCGUGGAGAGUGUGAAAAGUGCUGUUAGGGCCAACAUGACACUGGACGCUAGUUCAAGCGAGGUUAAGCAGCUGAGUUCAAAGACAUCUUCCGGUCACAAUACGACUUCUGAUAGCAACGCAGCAGCUCAGGUCGGCUACUAUGCCGCUGGCGGAGUGGCGGGAAUGGUUGCUCUUGCGUUGUUGUAA